CAACACCCUACAACACCCUCCAAACCCACCUUGCCCGAAAUGCAAACAUCCUCCGCUACCUCGUCCUCCAUUGUAUCCCCUCUCCCUCCGUCAACCCCCUCGAACCCCAGACCGACCUCGUCGAACCCAUACUUCCUUUGCCGCUGACCCCCGGCUCAGGGAGAUACGCCCAAAACUUCCCCUCUCACCCACGCAGGCGCGAGUAUACCCGCCUCCUACAAGCCAUCCGCUCCGUGCAGUGGUCAGCAGACGCCAUCAACGACAUGCUGGCCGUAGUAGACUUCCACACCCCUCUUCCGUCCCCUUCAUCUCCCUCGUUCUCGACGUACCCUCCGCACAGACGAGCCUCCACAGCCCUCCGCGCCUUUCGAAAACUCCGCGCCGCGGACGCAGAGCGGCGGGGGUACCUCACUUCGACGCAGCUUCACGAGCUGAGCACGUACGGAAUCUCGCUCCUUGACGUGCUGCAGAUGAACGACGUCCCGCGGGUCGUGAGCUCUGGGCUUGGCGGGCGGCUUGUUGCUGCCGCAGCGUCUGGGGCGCUGGGCGUCGCGAGGGAGUGUAAUCUGCUCGACGAGGAGGGGGCGUUGCUGGAGUUGCUUGCUGAUCCGGAGGACGAAUUUGGCUCGAGGUUGGAAAUUCGGGACCAGGGUAGACGAAAGGGAAGGGGAAGCGGGUUGAGGUGUUGUGUUGGUGUUGAUCAUGAAGAUGAGAUGGGUGUCGAGGAGGACGUGGCGGAUAGUGACGACGAGAUGGAGGAUGAUGAUGUGGAUGAGGGAUAUGGAGAGGGAACGUACUUCGAUGGCCUUGUCGACGACAUGGGAACAGGGCCUGUCGUUGAUGAUGAUGGGGCGUACCUCGUCAGCCCCUUAUCUCCCGAAGCAUUCACCGCCGACCAGACCUGGGAGGGCCAGGUCGAUGUAUCCUUCGCGGCGGAGACGUCUCAACCUCCCGAGGACCUCAUGACCUUCUCUGGCGAUGACGAGAAAGGAGAUGAGGAUGACAUCUACGAUUCACCUACAGACUGUGCUCUCGAACAACCGGAAGCAGACCUCUACGUCAAGCCGCUGAAUACAUCGAGAAAGAAACCCACGCUCAAGAGGUCACAUAACUUUCAAGAAAUCGAGAUCUCCGAUAAAGAGACCAACACAGCGGUCCUGGUCGAUAUAGAGACAGGCGACGACGCCGAGUUGCAACGGUUCUUCACCGAGAUUGGGGCGAUGCCUGUAGUUGCUGGCACGUCGGACGUUGUCAUGGAGUGAGGUUAGGAGGGGUCAACAAGAAAUUGACGAAAACUUGUUACAUCCCAUAUCGAGAAAUUCAAGCGAGAUCUCUUCGUAUAGUUCAGAGGAAAGGGAGGAGGGACACGAACAUAAAUCUAGGUGGAACAUUUGUUGAUUUGGCGAUAAUACCUACCUACCCUAUCUUAGAAUGGAAAAUAGGAAUACUCUGAAUAUACAACCGGAGCAAGGUAUAUACCCCCCUCUAAUCCCAUUUCCGCCACCAGCAACAGCAGGCGCCUCUCUAGGUCGGGAGGUCAGGACAAACUGGCUGGGUGGUGGAAAUGGUCAAAGGCCGACAAUCAAUUUACACGCCAACCAGCCUGUUCGACGACAGGCUUAGCGAGA